CACUCGAUGUUGUGAAAACAUAGAUGCCAUGUUUUGAGCUUAGUUUUGAUCAACGUGACUUUGGGGGCUUUUGGCCAUUUUCAAGACAUGAAAACCAGAAAAGUAUGGAGAGUGGUGUGUGCUGUUUAAAAGACACAGAGGACGUAACGUCAGACUCUGGUCGCAGUGUGCAGAUUGAGAGGAGCAAAACGCUGAUUGAAGAGAUUCGUGCUUUGAUCAAGAGCAAUGAGCAGGAGUAUUGCUCCUUCUGGAGGCCUGUGCUCCCCUGGGGUGGUGUAUACACAAUACAAGCUGGUCAGAAUGCCAUCUCUUGCAUACCCCUGUAUGUUAAAAUCAAUCUGAAAAACACCUGCACUAUUGAUGGCUUUCUCAUGCUGUUGUACAUCAUCCUGCGGGAUAAUCAGAUCUUCCGCCGGGAAGUGGGUUUGUUCUUGGGGAAGAGUUUUGUGGAGCACUUUCUCUAUCUGAUGGACUCCUAUGAUUAUACCAUGGUCAAGAUUUUGUGGAUCUGGGACAGGAUGUCUAAGCGUCAGUACCACUCAGAGAUCCACCAGGCCGCUCUUGAGAUCGACCUUUUUGGCAAUGAGCAUGAUAACUUUACCAAGAAUCUGGAGAACCUGAUGUCUACCAUUCAGGAGAGUUAUUGCACCAACUGGUGCUGUCCAUCUCGUUUCCAGGAGCUCCUUCAGAACACCAUAAAUAUCAACCCUCCAAAUGAGCUUCCUGAUGGAGAUCCUAUUCAGUCUGCAGUGGAUGAGUUUUUCUGUCCGAAGACAGUCUUCUGCCAAGAAUAUAGGUGUACAGGGCUUAGAGAGUUCUCCCAGAGAGAGUUCUGCCACGGAGCUCCUCCCUUCAUCAUCCUUAACAUGCAGAUGUGGAAAUCAGAGGACCUUUCGUACGUUCCGUACCAUUUGGCUUUGUCUGAUCACAGGUACUCCCUAGAAGGUGCCACUCUCUUCAAUAGGGAGGAGCAUCACUACUCUGCAGCCUUCCAGAUCGACGGGUACUGGAUGCACUACGAUGGGCUUCGGAGCGACAACUUAAUCUUAUUGAACAAACCACCAGAGCUGUUGCUUCUGUCCUCGCUGGUGUAUGUGCGUUCUCAUGAAAAAUGACCCACACACCCUUUAGAGCAGAAUCGGAGUAUCUUUUCAGCAGCGAUUUCAUUCCAGCUCAAAUAGAAGAUGAAGACACACUUUGUUUAAUCGGUUUGUCUCAAGUGAGUGUUGAUUUUUCUGGGAUGGAAACUUACAGAAACACCACAGAGAUGAGACAGAAGACAGAUAACCUGAAAGGUUAAAAGCAUCAUCACAAAGUCUUUGAAUUCUCCUCAUUUCCCUUCCCUUUCAUGUUCUGUGUCCGGUACCUUCUUAAUGUCCUCUUGGUUGUCCUUGUUGUCUAUUUAAUUAGUCAGUUAAGUCACCAGCACAGAACAUUCUCUCUUAUAAACUGCAAAAAUAGAAUUUUGCAAUAUUUGAAUAAUUAUUCUUGCUUUUCUGUAAUGAUACAGAUUACUUGUAAAAAUCGUAGCUUUUAAACUCUAAAAAAUGCUUUCUACUUUCGUAACAAAUGCUACAAUUCGGCAAAGCCGAGUUAAACAGCUUUACUUUUUUAGGUUGUGCUUGGAAUCCAAGAAAUUGUAAAUGGACUGUAAUAGUUCUGCAUACGUCUCUGAAAUUGUAAUAACUUUAAUACAGAAAUUAAACGUGCUUAAUAAAUGCAAAAUAAAUACACCAGUAACAACAAAUUAUUUUUUUUAAAAAUCGCAGCAAACACAAAAAUCCAGGAAAUCAGAGGACAUUUCUGAAAUCCGAAAUUGAUUGAUUUAAAAGCGUCCCGAUAGAAUCCUGAUCCACACAUAUGACAGCAAUAUUUUUUUAAGGAUGUUCCUCUGAAAAAGCAGAAGUGUGUCGGACUAGAGCAAGCGACUAAUCAACACAUCUGAAAGAGCUGUUAAUGCAGUUUUUAUAUAAUUGGUGUUGCAGAAAGUGCCUAAUAGACUCCUCAGGAAGCAAGCAAGGCGAUUUAUUUUUCCCCUCAUCAUAACAGUCUUGUUUAGAUGUAUAUUUGUUCCAUUUCUGUAAGAAUUUUACUUUCCUCUCACCACAUACUAGCCCUGAAUUCUGAUGUGACUCUAACUUUGUUUUGUUUGGUUUAUUUGUUUGCAUCACUGAUUAAGGCAUGGGAUUAAAUUUGCAUUGAAU